AACUAAUAUAUAUUCAACUCUCAAUUCUAGUGUUUCUACUACUUGUACACAAGUUUAGUCGUCGCUCAUUUGAAUCUUCAAAACAUUAGAAAGUCUUUAUGUCUAGUAUUAGAGACCAGAUGAUCCAUGCAUUUUUUUUAACAACGAUCCAUGCAUAUAUAUUAUCGUAUUGUUUAUGAACAAAAUAACCCAUACACUAAACACUUGUACUUGGUUCUAGCCUUCUAGUUGAAAGUGAUGAACAAAGACCAGUGGCAGAUUAGCCUGCGAUGUGUAUUGGUCAGACCCAGGUUCGAUUCCCCCUUCUAACUUUCUUUUAACCAGUGGUGGUAGUCCAGUGGCGCUUGAGGGAUUAAACCCAAUACGGCGAACCCUGGUUCGAACCUCGCUGGCCACACGGAUAUGGGCUAUUGCUUUCGGCUCAUUUGAAUGCCCAGGAGAGGGUCUAUCCGUGGGCUGUACCUCCACCCGGGGGUUAGGUCUGUGUCUUUAAUAGACCCGGGUUUAACCCUUUUUUUUUUCAAAAAAAAAAAAAGACCAGUGGCAGAAACCAUAAUAAACAUGGUAAAAAAAAAUUCUCCGUUUAAUAAGACGUUCAAACUGAAAUAUUUUCAUAACGAAAAAGAAAUAUAAGAUGCCUAAAAUAAAUUGACCUCAUUAACUGAGAAACUUGGUGGCCAAGUCUUCUCGCAGUAUUAAUUUUAGGGCGGAGAAGAUGUGAAUCACCAACUCUCUCAAUUAGGGUUAUUUAUUUAUUUCAUUUUGAAACUCUUGCUUUUGCUAAGAUAAAAUUAUUCAUGUCUCUGCUCCUUCUCAAUCAGCCUUGGAAGCUCUGCCGUGGGAAACGCGUGUUGGUUAGGUCCUCUCCUCUUGGCUCUGAUAGCUUCUCAUCUUCCUUGCAGCAAACCCCUCCCUGUGCCAUCAUAUCCGUUAGCCCUUGUCCUUAUGCUGACGAAAUCGGAAACCUUAACAUUAAGAAUGCUAAUGAGCGUUCCGUGACUCAUGUGGAAAAGGAUGUGCCUGGAGAGUUGUCGUGCCCAUUGAAACACUUUCGUUUUGGUAUAUUGGGAACGAUCGGGUCGGCCCAUGGCUGGGUAGCUACUCCUCUAGAGGACGGAAGAGUCCGUCUCCAAGACGAUCUAAACCCGGCUGCAUCCUACACAGACCCGAAACACAUUUCCCUGCCUUGUCUUGUAACUCUGCCUUAUUGCCAAACCCAACUUGUCACCAACGUGUCGAUGUCCUCAUCAUCUCCUGAGGAAGAGGACUGUGUCGUGGCUAUCAAGUUCUUCGGACCGCAACUCAGCUUAUGCAGACCGGCUGCUCAAAGCAACUCCGAGUGGAUCAACAUCAGGAUCGCGAACCCAUGUUUCUUCUCCUCUCGUGUCAUGUUUUCCAAGAGAGAUGGCAUGUUCCACAUACCCGGAUCAGGAGGCCAUCUCAUCGGAUCAUGGGAUCUUGGAGAACACAAGGACCAUCCUAAAAUUCAGAUGCUGCGAUUCCACAACCUUGCUGAGCUGACCAUGUCCAAACUCGAGAUAUUGCAUUCGUGUUUCACAAGCGAACACUUGGUGGAGUCACAAACAACUGGUGAAACUUUCUUGAUAAAGUGGUGCAGAAAGACCACCAGGAGCAUGCUUGAUAUGCCUAAAAUGAAAACAGAAGCUUUGAUGGUGUUCAGGCUAGACGAAGAAGGAAACGCUUUUUACACUGAGGACAUUGGAGAUCUCGUCAUUUUCCUCUCCAGGGCUGAACCUUUCUGUGUCCCUGCUAGCUCCUUUCCUGGCAUGUACCCCAACAGAGUCGAAAUUUUUGAUGUAGAUGAAAUCGGAUCUGUCAAUUUGGCUACAGGCACCGUGUCUACUAGAAAUUCCACAUUCAAUGCCCCUUACUAUAUUCCACCUCAAAAUAUAGAGAGCACUACUAAUUGAUUAUCUGAUGUCAUCUCUUUUCUGUUCAAAAUUCUUUUAAAUCGUUGUUGAGUAACUUCAUUCUAUUUGAGGCGAUUAUAUUCUUUUUUUUUUUGUUCUUGUUGAAUUAACUAUAUACUAGAUUCUGGGAAAAUAUUUUACUUAAUAAAAAUUAUGAUUUUAAAUAAAUUAUAUAUUUUCAUUUUUUUAUGAAAUUUAUCUUAAAUUUAUUUAUUAUGAUUUUGUUUAUUUUAUCCGUUGUUAAAUUUAUUUCACACUGAUAAAAUUCAUUUUUGUGUGUUUUAAAAUUUUUUUCUAUAAUUUUAUUAAAUUUCAUAUAUAUUAUUUAUUUUUUAAUUUUAAAUUGAACCAGAUAAUUCAGACCCGCAUUACUGUUUUGUUGAUUUAAUCAUUUGUUAUUUCAACUUAAUUUUAUUUUAAGGGUUUAAUUUAACAAAUAUUAAACUAAUGUAAACAAUAAUUAUUAAUAAAUGAUUAAUGAGUUUUGAAAGCUCGUCCACUUUAUGUUAUUUACAAUGCACCGUUUUUUAAUUAUUUUAGUGUCCAUUCAGUUUAGUUUGCUUUUAUUACGAAUUCAAUAAAAGUGAAAGUUUUAAUAUUCUCAAUAUAUAAAUGUCGACUAAUGUAUGAAUUUGAGUGAAUGGGUCCCGUGAUUUUUGGGAUUAAAAUAGAGGGUUAAUAAAAAGUAGUUACAGUUAUUUUUUAAGUAGUUCAUGUAGGAAAAAAUGUUGGACUAAAUAUAUAUCAACUGGUUAUAUUUUUAAUUUAAUAGAAUAGCCUAGAUUUUGAAACAUAAAUUUAUAUUUUUGAUUAUGUAUCCACAUUUAAAUAUUACACAUUAAGCAUUAUGUUCAGUGUCCUGAAAAACCCGACCCGGACCUGCGGUACUGCAAAACCAGUGACCUUAUAUAUAAUCCGGUUUGGUUUUAAAAAAAUUGUUAUUUAACAUUUUUAUAAAACCCUCCCAAAAAUUCACUAAAACCUGGGACCCAGCUACCGGUUGAACCGAUGGAUGACCCACUAUGUAAUACAAUUUGACUUAAAUUAUCAUAUUUUAAGUAUUCUAAUUCAUGAAUGUUUAGAUGAAUGUUGAAUAUUUUAUGAAUGUGAUAUUCCAAUUUUACAAAAGUUAACCAUACAAUUUUUUGAUUUAUUUUUAAUUUCAAAUUUAAUUUCGUCAUUCAUAUUUUAAAUUUAACUAUUUAUUAAUUAAUUUUUUUAUAUAUUUAUUAUAUACCUAAUAAUAAUUUUAUUAUUAGAUUUUAAACCGUGCUUUAAAGCGCGGAAUUAAUUUUUGUUCAAAAACUUAUUUACUGAAAAUUAGAAAUCUUAUACACAUGUAUUUUUCUAUAACUUUUUAAGUAUAUAUAAUUAAUUUAAAAUUUACAUGAAUAUAAUUUUAUAAAAAUAAGAUAAUUUAUAUAAAAUGCCUCAAAUUAAUUUUACUUGUAUUUUAAAACUUUAAAUUUAAGUACAAUUUCAUUGUUAAUUUUAUAUUGGUAUUAAUUUAUUUCAUUGUUAUUAUUUUUGUCAGCACUAUUAUAUAAAUUUAACUAUUGUCAUUCAACCCGUUUCAUAUUUGAUAAAUAUAUUAAAUUAUUUUUAAUAUUUUAAUUUAAAUAUAUAUUAAAAUAUGAAAUUAUUUAUUAGUUUUUUUUGUCGGCAUCUAUCUGCUAAGAUCAAGUAAAAAAUUAUUUAUUAGUUUAUAUAUCUUACUUUAAUAUUUGUUUCAGUAAGUUGAAGUAGGUUGUAAAGUUCAUGAAUAUAUUUUAUUCUUUUAUUUUAUAAUGUAUAAAGUAAUUAAUAAAUAGAUUAACU